UGCAAGUAAUGGAAACUAUUCGAGCAUUCUUAGUCGGUAUCUUGAGCCUAACAUGACUCUUAUCGCACUUCUCUGAGUUUGAUGGAGAUUCAGGGCUCUUUCUGCAAAUCAUCGGAUAUGUUGGAAGUUCCAACAUCACUUAUUCGGUCUUAGUAUUGUUGCUAUAUGACCCUGUAAAAGAGCAUUUACACCGGUUAGUGAUAGGAGGAGAAGUAGUCAGCUGCCCAAGAAGAAAGUUCAUUUUACAAGAAAAACAUCAAUGGAUCACAAAUUCUCAUAAAGAAGCUAUGAUGAUGCAUUCCUCCAAGGGAAUGAAAUCUCCCAUGUUUAUUGUUGAGACUUUAAAUCAGGUCUAUCACCAACCAGGCAAAACUUCGAGAAGAGAAAAGAAAGAAGAUUCUCAGUUUAAGAUUCUGGCAAUGUCUAUCUCAAAGUUGAUAGCGGAUUUGAAGAGUAAAAGUGAUUAUGUUGGAAGCAAGAAAGCAUGAUCGCUCACUUCACCAUGUUAUGUACAGCUUUUGAAAAAUCUAGAACUUAUACUUAACAACUUUGCAGAGCAAAGAUGCUCUACCAAGGCAUCAUCAGAAGACUUAAGCUCGAUGAGUAAAGAUGACAUAGAGGCUUUAAUGUUGAAGUAUUAUAAUAUGUUGAUCAAAGGAAUUGAGGAUAUUCAGCCUGAAAAAACUCGACAAAAAGUUAGGAAGGAUUAUUCAUUUUCAUCUCUUGUUGAAACUUAUAAUCAGCAAAAUACAGAAGAGGCAGAUGUAAUGAAAAUUCAACUUAAAACCUCUGAUCAGCAGCGGAGCAGAAAGCAUUCUAUUCAAGGAAGGCAAAGAAGUCAGUUUAACAGAAUCAAAGAGAGAAAUAGCUGAAAAAGAAAAACGAGCCUUUUCUCAAAGGCCUCAAAUUUGGGUAUGGCUUCUCCUGAAGAAAGUGUGAGCGAUGAUAGUGGAGAAGAGAUGAUAAAGUGCAUCCCUAUUCAAGAUUAUCCAGAUAAUAUAUCAAAACCAAGGAAUAUGAGAAAGGGUACAAGUAUAAACACUUGUAAUUUUAACGCACACGACACAAAGCUGAGCAAAAUUGAAUCUCAAAGAGAUGAAAAUUUGACCUCAAGGAGUGAUAAAAACAAGAUGGCUACUCUUGACAAGAGUAGAUUAGCUCCAAGACUUAAAAAUCUUACAGAGCUAUCUCUUUGAAAUAGCUCUUCAAGUGAAGAAGAGUUAGAGAUCUUACAAUUAAACAGCGAAAAAUCUGAAAUUGAGCAUUCAAAAGGAUGUGGAAAGCAUCCUCAAAUAAAGAGGAUAGAAGACCAAUUCUUAGGUAAUAGAUCCCAGAGAAAACAGAAGUCAGAAAAGAGAGCGGAAUACUCUCAGUUCUCUCCUAGAUAUUUCUCAAAAUCUCAGAUAAAUUCAUCCAAGAAUGAUAAUAUUUUGAACUCUGAUAGAGAAGAAAGUGAAGAGGAGGAAGAUGAUCAAAAUUUUAACCAGAACCAACCAGAUGAAGCUAAUCUCGGAGUGAGACUUAAGGAUAGUGAUAGAGAAAGUUACGAAGAAUGUAAAAAUAUAGUAGGAGAUUUAAAAAAGUUAUCUGCUGAAGAAUCUAACAGCCCAAAACUUAAAAUUGUUAAUUUUGACCAAGUUUGAGACAAGAAUUCAUUAAUAGCUCAACCAAGUAACCCCAAUUCCUCCCCUCCUCUCAAUACCCCUAUGCCAGAACCCCCACCGCACAUCCCUACAACCCCACAAGACUUCCUCGAAUUCUCCUCACAAGAAGAAGAAUCCGGCCCCUCCUCUCUCUCACACAAAAUUUCCCUCUCCAAAACAACUGCACCCCCUUCCAAAUUCCAAAUCCCCCUAUAAUUCCCUAAAAAAAUCAAUAAUCCC